CCAAAAUUAUUGAUCUCUCUCAAUUCCACACGAGUUCAAAGAACAAGAAAAACACAGGAAAAUAAAUCCUAUUAGGGUUUGUGAUAUGAACGAAAAUAAUAGGCUUCGCUGAUAAUUGUCGGCUGUAAUCGUAAUUGUUCAUGAAUUCAAGGGAGGAAUUUCGGGAAGAACUGCGAUCUAGAAUGGCUAGCAGCUGGAAAAGAUCAUUAGGGAAUGUCAGGUCCCUCAUCGGCAAUUCGAUGGGCGGUCUCAGAGGCGGCGCCAAUCUCGCUUCUUGGGUCGUCGCCGGAACCCUCGCCUACUUCCUUUGGGUCAAGCCCUCCCAAGACCUCAAACGUGAGCAGCAGGAAAGGGCUGCUCUUGCAGCUGCGGAUCCUCAUCGGUAUAUUGAGAAGAGGAAACCUAUUCCCGAUCCCCAGGAAACUGGUUCGAUAUACGGCAACAAGAAUACGCCUCGAAAACCAGAGGAAUAAUCUAUGGAGGAGACUGAAAACUUUAGAGAGAUGGAAUUUUGAUUGAGCUUGUCGCAGAUUGGAGGGAGCCUAGAAAUAUGAAGGUUUGAAGGUGAUAGAUGAGGACUGUGUGUGUAGUUCAGUAAAGAGUUGUGGUCAAAUCACUUGAAGGUUGAAAAAGUUCUGUAUUUUUUGUUUUUGUCAUUCUCUUUGUUCACAAAUCACCCAGGAACCCGAACUACCCAACCGAUUGGAUGUUUUUUUUGUUCGUGUUGGGUUGGGUCGGAUUUUUGUAAAAUCUAAAUUUUGGUUUAGUUCACAAGUUAAAGAUUUGUUUUAGUC